ACAUUGUCCUGUCUUGCAAGCAAAUUAAGAUCAUAUAGAGAUUUUCUAACAAACGUCAAGGCAAAAUCAUCAUUAGAGCAAUCUUCAAAUCGUCAUGAUAACAGUAGCCAUCGCCGCUGAGUUGCUUGAAGAAUACACGGCGGCGCUUACACGCAUCACCGCCACACUCCUCCCUCCACCACCAACAAGUCGCCGUCGAAGUGUCCGAGCUCCUACUAGCGGCCGAGCUGACUCUUCUCUUCCUCGCAACGAUAACUCAUCAUCUCGCGCUCCAAAUUACGCCGCUUUUCUCUUAAAUUUCUGAGUAUUUUUUGAAUAGACGAAGUGAUUUUCG